AUGGAACCGGAGGCUGUCAUAAACCUCUUCGAUUCCCUCUGGUCCUACCUCCAAAUCUUCAAAAAACAGCCCACUUCAUCAUCUCCUGACCCAAACCCUCCUCCCGCCCAAAUCCAGCAUACCUCACCAAAACCAAGAUUUUCAAGCCAAUUAACCAUCUCCACAAGAUCGAAAAGCGAUCAUCAGCUGCUAGUCCCCAACAACGCUACUGUUUUUCUCAAGACGGAAACGUUCUCUCCAAAUUCAGUCCUCAAACCCCACCUCCAAACCGUACUCUCAGAUAAAGAAAUUUCGCUGGAGACUCCGCAGCAAUUCAAGAAAUUACCCAGAAAAGGUGUGAUCAGUAGAAAGAAAAAAGUGCUGAGCAAAAGCUUGUCAGAGCUGGAAUUUGAAGAGCUCAAGGGUUUCAUGGAUCUUGGGUUCGUGUUCUCUGAAGAAGACAGGGAGUCGGGGCUGGUGGAAAUCAUUCCUGGCCUGCAGAGAUUGGGUGCGGAUGGAAGAAAGGAAGAGAAAUUAAGGCCUUAUCUCUCAGAAGCGUGGGAAGUUUUGAACAGACGGAGGGAAAUCGAGAGCCCAUUGAUGAAAUGGAGGGUUCCUGCUGUGAGCAAUGAAAUUGAUAUGAAAGAUAAUCUCAAAUGGUGGGCUCACACCGUUGCUUCUGCCGUUAGAUGA